AUGGUGGUUGAUCAGAAAACGGCCCCCUCCCUGGGCGGAACCCAGGUUGGCGGUGGCGCCAGCGAGACGCAGCGAAUUGUCAAGACGCUGAAUGAUCCUAUCAAAAAGCAUCUGAGAAGCGUAUUCAACUCCACUGCCGGCGCAGACGGGGCGCUCUACAGCGAGUCCAGCACCGAUGCCUACAAGAACGUCCUGCUUCGCGGCUGCAGGUGCAUCGAGAUUGAUGUCUGGGACGGGGACGACUCGGACUCGGAGAGCUCCAUCAGCAGCGACGAGGAAGGAACUGCCCCCGUAGCCUCGGCGCCCAAGAAGAAGGAGAAGAAGGAGAGCCGACUCCAGAGACUCAAGGACAAGGUGCCGAAUCCGCUCGCACGAAAGCUCAAACGCUUGUCGUUGACAGGCUCCGAAGCGGCCGCGAAGCCCAGCAGCAGCGAAACGAAGACCCCUGCUGCGUCCUCUGAACCCUCGGCGCUGAAGAAGACACCGUCUCCGCAACUGGCUAUUGUCGAGCCACGUGUGCUCCACGGGUAUACCCUUACCAAGGAGGUCUCGUUCCGCGAUGUCUGUGUCACUAUACGCGACUACGCCUUCAAGACAACGGAUACGCCGUUGAUCGCCAGUCUCGAAGUGCACUGCAGCGCUGAACAGCAGAGCAUCAUGGUGAAAAUCAUGAAAGAGGUCUGGGCCGAGCUGCUCGUUCCCACUCCCGAUGCUGAGGCCACGCAGCUGCCCCAACCCGGUCAGCUGAGGAACAAGAUCAUCGUCAAGGUCAAGUACGCUCCUCCUGGUAGCUCACCCGGACGCGACACUCCGGACCAGGACGAUGAGACGCCUGCCGAUGGCAAGAAAGCCAAGCCGUCCAAGAUCACGCAGGAGCUCAGCGAUCUGGGCUUCAACAGCCGUGGCGUCUCUUUCAAAAGCCUCGACCAGCCUGAGGCUGCCAUGCCGACGCACAUUUUUUCCCUCGCUGAGAAGAAGGUUAUCGACGUGCACGAGGAAAACAGCAAGGCUCUCUUCGCGCACAACCAGAACUACAUGAUGCGCGCAUACCCUUCAGGCAUGCGCAUCAGAUCCUCCAACCUUGACCCUGCCCCCUUCUGGCGCAAGGGCAUCCAAAUCGUGGCGCUGAACUGGCAGAGAUGGGACGAAGGCAUGAUGCUGAACGAAGGCAUGUUCGCUGGCACGCACGGCUAUGUUCUCAAGCCCGAGGGCUACCGCGGCUCCAAGGGCGUCACCCACGUAGAAAAUGUCGUCCCCGCCUCUCAGAUCAUCCGCAAGACGUUGGACUUGCAGAUUGACAUUCUCGCCGCGCAGAAUAUACCGCUGCCGCCAGGUGACGACGACGCCAAGGGCUUUAAGCCAUAUGUCAAGGUCGAGCUCCACAUCGAGGGGCCCGAGGAGCACAUCGCCGACGACGGGCAGGAGAGGGAGGGCGAGUACAAGGAGCGCACGCAGACGCUGCGCGGGCGCGAUCCGGACUUUGGCGGCGAGGCGCUCAAAUUCACGGGCAUCACGGGCGUGGUUGAGGGAGCUCGCGUUUGUGCGCUUUCACCGUUCGCGACGAUGAGUUUGGGCCGUGAUGAUCUGUCGGCGUGGCCGGCGUCAGCCUCAACAGGCUGCGCGGGGGCUACCGUUUUCGUGCACCUGUCCCGACUGCGAGGGCACCUCACCCCAGGGCGUGCUGCUUUGUGCGGGUUGACGAAGCUUCUUGCGAUAGGAGCUCUCGCGUGA